AAGGACUAAAACAUCAAAUCAACAAAAACUCCACCACUCUACCGUUUAACCUUUCAAAAUCAAAAACUUCUUCGAUUCUCCAUUUUCUCUCUCUACAGAUCUCCUCUCUCUCUCAUCAGGUUUCAAUAAUCAACUGUUCGUGAAAUCAAUCAUUCAUCAAUCAUGUCGCUGAGACCUAGCGCGAGAACCGAGGUUCGCCGGAACCGUUACAAGGUCGCCGUCGACGCGGAGGAGGGACGGCGGCGUAGGGAGGAUAAUAUGGUUGAGAUCCGUAAGAACAAACGAGAGGAAAACUUGCUUAAAAAACGUCAAGUGCUGACGUCAUCACAACCGUUAGUUAACGGUGCUUCUGUUCAAACCGCCACCACAGAGAAAAAGUUAGAAAGCCUCCCUUCUAUGGUUGCUGGAGUUUUUUCUAGUGAGAAUAACAUGCAGUUGGAGGCAACUACUCAGUUUCGUAAAUUGCUCUCGAUAGAACGAAGCCCACCGAUUCAGGAAGUUAUACAAUCGGGGGUUGUACCUCGUUUUGUCGAGUUUUUAAUGAGGGAAGAUUUUCCACAGCUUCAGUUUGAGGCUGCGUGGGCACUCACAAACAUUGCGUCCGGAACCUCUGAGCAUACAAAGGUUGUAAUUGAUCAUGGUGCGGUCCCUAUUUUCGUCAAGCUUCUAGCUUCACCAAGUGAUGAUGUGCGCGAGCAGUGUGUUUGGGCUAUGGGAAACGUUGCUGGUGAUUCUCCUAGAUGCCGUGAUCUUGUUCUUGGUCAUGGUGCUUUGACUUCGUUGCUUUCUCUGUUAAAUGAGCACGCGAAGCUUUCCUUGCUCAGAAAUGCCACGUGGACGUUGUCGAAUUUCUGUCGAGGAAAACCACAACCUUCAUUUGAGCUGACAAGGCCAGCUCUUCCGGUCCUGGAGCGUCUUAUUCAUUCAAACGACGAAGAGGUGUUAACCGAUGCAUGUUGGGCUCUCUCGUAUCUGUCUGACGGUACAAAUGACAAAAUUCAAGCUGUGAUCGAUGCUGGUGUCUGCCAACGCCUUGUUGAGCUUCUUCUUCAUCCGUCUCCUUCGGUACUCAUCCCCGCUCUUCGAACUGUCGGCAACAUUGUCACCGGCGACGAUCGCCAGACUCAGCAUGUUAUCGAGCGUGGCGCACUUCCUUGUUUGCUCGGUUUUUUGACUCAUAACCAUAAGAAGAGCAUUAAAAAGGAAGCCUGUUGGACAAUCUCAAACAUCACUGCAGGAAACAAAGAACAAAUACAGAAUGUGAUUGAGGCUGGAAUAAUCGCUCCGCUAGUCUUUCUACUCCAGACGGCUGAAUUCGACAUCAAAAAGGAAGCCGCAUGGGCAAUAUCAAACGCCACUUCUGGCGGUACUAGUGAGCAAAUCAAGUAUUUGGUGAGUCAAGGCUGUAUAAAACCGAUGUGUGAUCUGCUCGUAUGUCCAGAUCCAAGAAUCGUGACUGUCUCGUUAGAAGGGCUCGAGAACAUUCUUAAAGUCGGAGAAGUGGAAAAGCGUGACGUUAAUUUGUAUACACAGUUGAUUGAUGAUGCUGACGGGUUAGAAAAGAUUGAGAGUUUGCAAAGUCAUGAUAAUAAUGAGAUUUAUGAGAAGGCGGUUAAGAUUCUCGAGACGUAUUGGUUGGAUGAGGAUGAGGAAAAUGCGGGUGAUGGUGCGAAUACGGGUUUUAACUUGGGUGGAGAUUAUGUUAAAGUUCCGUCUGGCGGAUUCAAUUUUAACAGCUGAAGGUGCAGGGUUAUGGUGGGAUGAUGAAGUACGUCAGUGGCGUCAAAGGUCAGGUCAGGUCAGGUCAUCAGGUCGAGUCAGCAUCUCGUGUAGUUCGGUUACACAACGGUCGAGUCAGCAUCUCAUGUAGUUCGGUUACACAACGGUCGAGUCAUGGUCUUGUCUUGAAGAGAUGCAAAGGUCAAAGGUGGGUCUGUUGGUUACAGUAUAUGCCAAGGGGUUGUUGACCAAGGCCUUCUUAACGAAGGUUUACCACAAACGGUUGGAGUUGGUUGUGUCGCUUUAACGAGGGUUUAAGCAUUAUGAAUAGUACUUAUGGAUUUUAUUUAUUUAUUUUUCUAUGUUUUACGUUUCGGGUUUUUAACUUGGAUUCUUCUAGACACAUUGGUUCUUAUUUCUUUGGGUUUAAACUUGGAUUCUUCUAGACA